AUGGGAGCACAGAUGGCUGAAGGAAGGAAGAGAAAGUGGAAGAACGUGGGUUCUUCGAGUGCUGGGAACUCAUUCGGGAGUAGACCUAAUCAGAGUGAGAGGGUUUCACAUCCAGUGGCUAGUUACCCCGGACAGGAGAGGAGAAGUGAAGGUCCAGCUCCUAUUUUCCCACAUUGUGGGAAUCAGCACAUGGGUGUUUGCAGGAGGGUGACUGGUGGGUGUUUCCGAUGUCGAGACACCAACCACUUUCUCCGAGAUUCUCCCCAUAUGUCAAGGUCCAGGCCUGUUGGAUCCCAGACUACAAUUCAAGGGUACAAAAGGACUGUAGGUCCAGUGAGUGGAUCAGGAAGAAGUGGUAAUAAUCGUGGCAAAAGUCAGGGUUGA